GUGUGUCAGCGCAGCGUUUCCGGGUUCUGCUGCCGAGUUGUCAUCACCUGCUCCUGCCUCCUUCCUCCUGCUAAGUCAGCGUCAAGCAGCUCCGGAGGCCCGGACACGGAACCGAACCAGCAGCCGAUAAGCUGGCCCGGUUCAUGUCUGCUCGCUGAAAGCCCAAACCAGAGGAGGGACAGCGGGCAGCGGCGAUGGCGGCGUCGCUUCUCUCGGAGACCGACAUCAGGCACCGGUCCAUGGCGGAGGAGGAUCCGAACGGGAACGAGCAUGGGGCGGCUGCCCGCAGCGCGGCGCCUCGCUGGGGGCCGCAGCACGCCGGGGCCCGGCAGCUGGCGCGGCUCUACUCCCCAGGUAAAAGAUUUCAGGAGUGGGUUUGUGUGAUUCUGUGCCUCUUCCUCUUCGUCAUCAACUUCUUCUUCCUCCUCCUGCACUUCUCCACCGUUCACAUAUACAAGAUCAUCCUCGGCAUUGUUUUGGGAAUAGUGACGGCGGAUUUUGCCUCGGGGAUUGUCCAUUGGGGAGCCGACACCUGGGGAUCCGUGGAUAUUCCUGUUGUCGGGAAGGCUUUCAUCCGGCCGUUCCGGGAGCACCACAUCGACCCGACCGCCAUCACUCGGCACGACUUCAUCGAAACCAACGGCGACAACUGCAUGAUCCCCAUCCUGCCGCUCGCCCACAUGGCCUACAGGUUCCUCACAUGCACCCCAGAGGCCUUGGCGCCGUCCUACCCCUGGGACUGCUACGUGUUCGCCUUGGCGGUUUUUGUGACGCUGACCAAUCAGAUCCAUAAGUGGAGCCACUCCUACUUCGGCCUCCCGCGCUGGGUCACUCUGCUGCAGGACUGGCACCUGGUGUUGCCACGGAAACACCACCGGAUCCACCAUGUUUCACCGCAUGAGACGUACUACUGCAUCACCACAGGGUGGUGCAACUAUCCACUGGACCAGCUGGGCUUUUGGAGACGGAUGGAGUGGCUGAUCGAACAGCUGACGGGCCAGAGGCCGCGAUCCGACGACAUGGCGUGGGCCAAGAAGACCGACUGAUGGACAAACCCAGUGAAACCAGUAACGGGAGAAUCCGGCGUGUAAAUGCAAAUAUGCUGAGGUAGAAAUGAUGGACAGAUGUUUAGAAACAGAGCCAAAUUUUUUUUUUUUAUGGUAUCGCUGCACUUCUCGCUUUUUUUCUGCUUCAGAACAAACGAUGUGUUCAGAGAAAGAAGAACUUUGAUGUUGGUGUAAAAGCUUUCUGGAUGCUCUGCGUCCAUCGGUUUGUCUUUAGACUCCUGAGGUGUUUGUUUAGUGGUGGUUCGGGUUUCUGGAGGUUGGGCUCUCCAGAAGAGACGCUGAGCUGUUUGGGACCCGCAGCUCUUCACACCAACACACAGCGAAGGGAAACAUUCGGUUACCGUCUUUAUUCUAUGUUUCUUUCUUGGUUUAUUGGGGGAUUUUUUUUGUCAGGAUCCACAAAGCAGGUGAAAUUAUGUUUUAAAAAAAUGGCUACAUUCUCACAGAGGAGUAAAAAUCUGCUAAUUUUAUGAUCUAAUAUUUUGGGAUCUAUAUUAACUUUAAAGAUUUAGAAUCCUAAUAACUCCAGUUGGAUGUUAUGAUUCGAAUUCAGAUGUUUGUUAGAUUAGAUCAGACUUAGACUUUAAGUUUUAAGAUUUUAGAUGAAUCCAUACUUUGCCAGAAACAAACCACAUUGGGAUCCAGAGGAGUAAUCAACGAUAAAUAUCCAUCCAACUCGCAUAAAAAUGGGUAAAAAUUAAGUGUUGGUUCAUCACUUCAUCCAUUCACCUAAUCAUCGAUCAAUCAACCCCACCCAAAUACAUCAUCCAACCAAACCAACCCCACUUAAAUCUAUUAACAAACCAACAAACCCCACCCACAUUGUCAACCAAAUCCUAAAUUUCCAGAACGAAAUUAAACCAAAUCAAGUUGCCAUUGUUGCAGAUGCUUGUAAUGACAGACGCAACUAACUAGGUGGCACUCUUGUCAAACAGAGUAAUAUAUUUUCAUUUAUCAGUAAUGUAAUGUCAAUCUUUUCAUCUAUUGACAAAUGAUACGCUUACAGAUGUUUCUACAUUUAGGUAGAUCCAUCAAAACGUGUAGCGUUUUAUUUAAUAUGACGUCGGCUACGUUUUGCAAAAAAAAACCAAACAAAAGGGGAAAAAAAACAACUACAGGAUGUUCUGUAUUAAAAAUAAUGUGAUUUUGAUGAAAUAAGUAGAAGCCCCUCCCCCUUUUUGGGCCUCCAUAUCUUGGCCCCGCCCAUUUUUUGAGCUCUUUACUGCUGACACACCAGUGGUGAUGCCAGACACAGGACAGAAGUGUCUAAUUUUACACUCACUGAUGUAUCGACGGCUCAUACAGUCGACACAUCAAAACGUAGGUAUUUCUGUCUCCAUUCACCCUGUGUUUCUCCCGCUGCUGUCGGACUUACAGUUUUCCGUCAGAUCAGCUCAGAGUGCAGAGAGCACUCACCUGUAAUCUAAUUCACCUCCAUUAUGUCUUUCUAAACUGGAACAUACAGUCUCUGUAACUUGUUGUAUUUUCUACAUAAAACUACAAACUCUUAAAAAUGUACAUGAAGGUCCUGGAGCUCCUGGUUUAGCGAUUUUUUUGAUACGACUUGUAGUUUUUCCACAGCAUCUAUUUGUUUGAGUUUUAAAUUUUCAGUCUCUGCUCUCUGGCAGAAAUCGCCAUAGCAACCAGUGACUCAGCGUUUUCUCCGGUUCUUUUGUAUUAACCAAUCGGGCUUGGUCACAUAGACCGUGUUAUUGUGACUCCUGGUUAAAAUUGAUUAAAUCAGGAAUUGAGAGGUUCUUAGGAAAAGCAGGAAAAGGGUUCUAGCUCAGACUUUCAAAAUAAAAACUCCAGACAGCUGCAGUGUCUCUUCAAAAUUUGUGUUAACAUUUUAUUGAUCAUGAAUCAGGAGCUUUUAUUUCCAGCUUUUUUUUGUUGUUGCUUCAUUUAGAGAAUGUUGUGGAAUUGGACAGGUUGGUUUAUUAUGAAAAUAAUGUGAAUAAAGCUUUUAAGAUCUUCCAUUUACCAAAUGAAAAUCAUGUUUGUUUCAGUUGAGACUUCUGGGUUUACAGAUUUAUCAGGUCGUCGGGACUGAAAGCAAAUUGUAAAAGUUGAUCUUUGAUCCUGCUUCAGAUGUUUCCAUUAAAGUGAUCGCUUUAUUGGCAGCAGAGGGACUCCGCCUCUGACCGAACCCGAGCAUGAAGUCUAUUUUCUGGGGGAAGAAAAUUCCCGGCUCCGCUCUGACGCUCAAUCAGAUGAGAAAUGGGGAAAUAAAUCUUUGGGUUUUUUGCUUCUGUAACCGUCCGCUGCAGAGUUGAGCUGCUUCACUCUUGGCUUUAUAAUUUCUGAAAGCUGCUCCAAUCACAGAUCAGCAGAAACAUCAGCAGCAUUUCAAACGGCGUCUUGAACGCUUCACUCACAGAUGAUGCAUGAACACCGACAGAACGACUCUCGGUGUUCUGUUGUCUUUUUCUGGCUUUAUAAUUUUCUAUUUUUUUAUGAACAGAUCGAGCCUUGUUUGUUUGUUUGUUUGUUUGUUUGUUUGUUUCCAUUUCGCAGCUCGCUGCUGGUUUGCCUUAAUGUUUUUAUCUGCUGUUUGAUUUGAAUAAAGAUUUAGUAACUCCUGA